AAUGUUCUUACAAGGUAUAUCCAUUAUACAAGAGAUAACUGCUUAGAAAUCGUGUGCCAUAAUGGUGCGAUUCACUUGUUUGCUUGCUUUCUUCCUCCUCGGCGCUCUUCUGCUGGCGACACCAGCCACAUGCUAUCCCAGGAUUGCUGGCAACUACUUCCUCGACGAUGGACCAUACGAGCCCGAAGAAAUCGUGGACAUGCUUAACCGCCUUGACAACUACCUCCAGCUUGAACGCAGAGUCGCUAACUACAAAGAUGUCAUUUCAAGCGAGAAGCGUGCCCUGGACCUCGGCCUGAACCGUGGCUACUCCGGUGCCCUUCACGCAAAGCACAUGAUGGGAAUCGCAGCCGCUAACUUCGCGGGAGGUCCUGGCAGGAGGCGACGCGACGCACACUAAAUCGCUUACAUUAAAGUCACAUGCGUGCUGAUACGACUUAUUAAACUCUCAACUAUCGUUUGUGUCAAACACAAAAAAAAAUGCUUUUGGUUACAAACAACAAUAGUAUCAAACGAUCGGCCUAUUGCUAACGUAGUGUAAUUCAAAUUCCUAUAUAGAGAUUAAAAUUACUAAUUAAACACCCUAUCUACCUAUAUUUCAUCUAUCUAUCUCUUCGGUAGUGUCAGUAUUUUUCGACUCAGUAUUAUAAUAUUGUACCUAGUGACUGCAUAAAUCGUUUUGUCUUUCCAUUGUAAAAAUUACGCUUUCGAUGUACCUACUUUGCUUUGUUAGUUAAUAUUAUCUACUUGUAAGAAACGUCGACUUUCCUAUUUAAAACGUAUGUGACAAAGUUUAGAAAAUAAAUAAUAUAAUUAUUUGGAUAAGUUACAAAUCCUUCUGUCUUAAAUUGUUGUCGAAAUAAAGAUAUUCGUAUUUUAAA